ACCUAGUCACACCCUGGCCCUCCCCACAUCUCAGUCACUCCAAGCCCCUGUCCUCCCAGCCUGGCCGCUCCUCCCCCACCUCGUUCUGUUCUCAGCGUCCUGUAACCCCGCCCCAGGACCCAGGGUUUCCGGGCUCUUGGGUAUUUUAGGGCGCGAGCCACAGGGGUCGCCUGACUCCCAUCGCGUAGUGUUCUAGUUGUUGUUUUCUCUGCCAUCUGCUCUCCGGGCGCCGUCAACCAUGGGUCCGUGGACCCACUCCUUGCGCGCCGCCCUGCUGCUGGUGCUUUUGGGAGUCUGCACCGUGAGCUCCGACACUCCUGCCAACUGCACUUACCCUGACCUGCUGGGUACCUGGGUUUUCCAGGUGGGCCCUAGACAUCCCCGAAGUCACAUUAACUGCUCGGUAAUGGAACCAACAGAAGAAAAGGUAGUGAUACACCUGAAGAAGUUGGAUACUGCCUAUGAUGAAGUGGGCAAUUCUGGGUAUUUCACCCUCAUUUACAACCAAGGCUUUGAGAUUGUGUUGAAUGACUACAAGUGGUUUGCGUUUUUCAAGGAUGUCACUGAUUUUAUCAGUCAGUUGUUCAUGCAGCUGGGAACUGUGGGAAUGUAUGAUUUGCCACAUCUGAGGAACAAACUGGUUAUUAAAUAGACCAUCUGUUGAGAGGCUCUUUAAAAACCACAGCCAAGAACAAACUUUGGCUUAAGAGGCAAACGGUUGGAUCUACCUCUAGCAGCUAGCAGAGGCCAUGCAGCUACAAUCCCUUCUGGAAUCUGUUUGCAUGUAAAAUGCAGAGGAGUCCUGGUGACCUACCUCCAAGGCAGCUGCCCUCCUGAAGGACUCCUUGGAAAACUCUAAUCACCACUGUGGAAUGUGAACAGCCAGAAACUGCACAGAAUAAAAGACACACAUUGUGGAAGAGAUGAAGUCUCAGGGGGGCUUCAGCAAUUAGUGGGGACAAUUUAUAGCACAUUGAGUGUUCUUUUUUGGUUUUGUUUUGUUUUUGUUUUUGUUUUUUUCCUAUUUGAAUACUGUGGUGUUAAAAUAGUUUCUCUGAACUGGACAGGAUUUGGGUUUUUGAUUUUGUGACCUUUUUUUUUCUUUUCUGUGUUUUGUCACACUGAAAAUUUUACUCACAGUUAAUUUGCCUCUUCCUGGGUGCCUUCACUUUUAAAAAUUACUUUGAGAUACUCCCAAGGCUUGAGAUGACAUGAGAUGGAAAGAUAUUAAUUACUGGAGGGAAGAUGGUCCUGUGUACACCAUAUAGAAGGAGGAAUGAUGCUUUCUUAGCCAUACGUUAAAAGAUGUACCUUUCAGACAGUAAAUCCACAGUGCUCCCAGUCAGAAAAGAUGGUGUGGUUAAUACUUUUUGGUUUUUUAUUCUCUUUUCUGUUCUCUUUUCCUCUUCUGUUUCUUCAUUUUGGUUUUCAAGUUAGGUGCUAGCCUUUUGCUAAGAACUUGACAUACUAGGAAUCUGAAAGCCCUGUAAAGCUGAUGGAACUAGUCUCAUUUUACAGUUAGCAAUGGUUAGUCACCCAUAAUGCUGAAGCUCCCAACAGUUUCUGACUAGAAAAUGGCCAUUCUAAUCUUUUAAGCCUAAAGACUUCAUUGGAGCUAAAAAAAAUAAAAGGAAAGUUAUAUCAACAAAAUAAAUGGUUUAUAGAACCACAUUUGGGUAUUUUUGUUUUGGGGGGAGGGGAUACAUUCCAGCACAGAAGCGUCAUGAAUAUUAGUUCAGUGGGAUGGUAGAGUGUAUAUUGCAUUGUCUGUUACUGAAGUCUUAAGAAAGCACCUUUCCAGUUGUAUGUUUCCUUACCACUGAGUCCACGCAUUUUCUUGCUUUUAGCCAGAGUUCUUGCACUCAGCAGAUAACAUUAACUUGGCUUUCCCCUUAGCAGUCCCCCACACUGGGAACCAAGCAUUAAAACUUCAGUAUAAACCCCAAUGAAAUCCCUUGUGAAAUUGACUUUCUUUAAUUGCACUAUUGUUCAGCCUGAUAGCUAUCUCCUAGCUUUUUCCUGCUAAGCAGCAGAGUCAUUUCCUUCUCACUUGGUUUCCAGCUGACUUGGAAAACAUAAAAGGCGUGUGUACCUAGUCCAUGUCAUCCACUCUGCUUUACUCCUGUGACCCAGUUAGCUUAGAAGAUUUUGGGUCUGAAUCAUAAUCACUGUUUUAUGCCAUGUCAGAUUUACUUAUUUAGUGAUUUUGUUUCCUAUCCUGCCUCUGAUAGUCUUCUCUAGGAUGCAUUUGUCAUUUCACUGGUGAGAGAGAGAGUCCAUUAAUAAUUCCCCUUGUCCUCUGUAGGUACAUCUAGGUUGUACUUGUAAGGAAUGGUCUGUUGUCUUUAUCUUCCAGGAUGAACAUCUGCUUUCCUUUCUUUGCCUUUAAUACCUAAUGCAAAUAGUACUUAAUAGGUCUGGGAAAGUAAAGUACACUCCUCUUUCUGCAGACUUUUUACAAGUAAUAAAACACUUAAGACUGAACACUUAAAGACUUACUAAGAAGGCUUAUCGAAGAAAGUAUUUGAUUUGGCUUACAGUUUCAGAGGGUUAAAGUCCAUGAUGGAGGAGUGAAAGGUCGCUUAGAGCUCACAUCGUCAACUACAAGUACUAGGUAGAGAGAGCUAAGUGGGAAUCCUGUAGCCUCUGAAGCCUCAAAGCCCCUCUCUAAGGACAUACCUCCUCCAACAGCACACACUUUCUAAUCCUUCCCAAACAAUUCUACCAAGGUGGAGGCAAUAUUUAAUUCUAUGAAUCUAUUGGGGAGAGGGAGCACUCUCAUUCAAACCAACACCCAAAGCAUCACUUUUCUUGAGCUCUAGAAACAUUCACCAGGGAUGGCAGUAUAUCUUUUUGUUCUUUAUUCUAAGAAUAGUUUCAAGUUUCUUGCCCUUAAAGAGUUAUAUAUUUUAAAGUUGAUUUUCAAGGUCUAAAAAUGCUGUUGGACACACACACACACACACACACACACACACAGAGAGAGAGAGAGAGAGAGAGAGAGAGAGAGAGAGAGAGAGAUACUUGCUCUGGAAAAUAUUUUAAUCUAAAUUGUGUUCCUCUGUGUAAUUUGGUGUAUAAAUGUUUAUGAGUGCAAAUUAGUGGGUACAAAAUAAUAGAUAUGUGCCAGAAGGACUUCCAGUACACUGGUACUUAGCGCUGUUCGUCAUAAUUGCCUAUGUGUAUUCUGCUUUGUAAGAAGAAGGAUUAUUGACUUUGUAUUAGAAAAUACUGUAUUGCCUGCGUUUCAUGUAAUAUGUGUCAAAUAGCAUAAAAAAUGGGUUUAAUAAAUAAGUUUGUAAGAAAGAAGCUUGAAAAAUA